AUGGCGUUCCGCAGACCUUUCUUCCUGCUCGUGGCGGCGCUGGCAGCCGCCGGCGCGGCCUCGGGCGAGCAGGCGGGCCACCACCACGGCCGCCACCACAAGAAGGCCGUGUCGGAGCUCGUAGCCCCGUCCUCGUCCGCCAGCGGCAGCCUGGAGGUGGCCGCCCCCGACGUCGGCAGCGGCAGCGCCCAGGACGUCGUGAGCCAGCAGGAGCCCGAGUGGAGCGGCAGCGACGACAGCGAAGAGGCCGAAGACGGCUCCGAGUCCGACGAGUCGGAGAGCGACGAGGGCGAAGAGGAGGAGAGCGACAGCGGAGAGGACGAAAGCGCGAGCGACGAGUCCGAGAGCGCCGAAUCUGAGUCUGAUUCGGCCUCGGAGGAGCAGGAAGAGGAGCAGAAGGAGAAGGAGGAGAUCGUGGAGAAGAAGCACAAGAGCAGCAAGAAGAAGAGCAGCAAGCACAAGAAGGACGUCGUGGACGAGACCUCGAGCGCGGAGGUCGAGGGGAAGUCCGCUUCGGGCUCGUACGCUGACGUGGAGGUUACGAUCGUGCAGGAGUCGGCCUCGGGCUCUCUUGACGGCUCGGUCGAGUUCGAGGAAUCGGCUUCGGGAUCGCUUGAUGGCUCGGUGGAGUUUGUAGGCAGCGAGGAGGGCGAAGAAGAGGAGGAGGAGGAACAGGUGGAGAAGGAGGAAAGCGACAGCGAGUCGAAGGAGGGAAGCGAGAGUGAGGAAGACGAGGGAAGUGAGGAGGAAGGCAGCGAGGAGGAGGAAGAAGGAGGAAACGCCAGUGAGAGCGAGUCCGACGAGGGCAGCGCGAGCGAAGAGCAGGAGACGAAGCACAAGCACAAAAAGUCCAAGAAGGGCUUGAUCAGUGAUGCCAUCGACACGGUGGCGAACGCUACGGAGAAUGCGUACGAGCACGUCAAGAACGGCACCAAGGACGCGUACGAAGAUGCGAAGGACUUCCUGAACGGCACCGAGUCCACCUCGGCCUCUGGCUCGAACGCGGAGUGGGUGGAUGUCAACGACCUGGAAGGGGGAGAGGAAUCCUACGACUCGGUCGACGAAGAGGAGGUGACGGACAAGAAGAAGAAGAGCAAGAAGGGUUUGAUCGACGACGCUGUGGACUCGGUAUCUAGCGCUGUGGGCGACGUCUACGAGCACGUAAAGAACGGCACGAAGGACGCGCUCGAGCACGCUAAGAAUGCCACUGAGGAUGCCUACGACAGCGCCAAGAGCACCACUCAGGACGCAGUCGAUGACGUGAAGGACUUCUUGAACGGCUCGGAGUCGACUUCGUCUUCUGGGUCGGGGUCACUCGGCGACACAGUGACUGUGGACCCGCAGCAGCUGAACGACGAGAGCGUGGCCCUUGCUGCCGAAAAGGCUGAAGAGCGAUCCACUUCGUUCAUGGAGUACGGUGCGGUUGGCGGCGCAUUUGUUGGUGUCAUCGCCGUGGCAUUCGCGUUUGCUGUCCGCAGGGUGCGCAACCGUACCUCUGGCGGCUCGAUGCUGAACGAGGAUGAGUCUGCUGCCGCCAUGGCCGCUGAAACCAGCGCUGAUGAGGAUGCAUCGGAGGACGAGAGUAUGGAGACUGGCGCUCUUGUGAAGGACGACGCCGCAGACAAGGAGAACGAACACGAGGGCGAGGAGGAAGGCAAGUUCGAGGGAGCCGUAUAAAUCCCAGAACUGCCGACCGAGCUAUAGCGUACAGUGCUCUUCGUAAAAUGUAUUUCUCUACGUUUGAUGACAA